CGCUUCCAUAUGACGCUGAACAAUCACACAACAUUAUCGAUGCAAGCUCACUUAAUUAUUCCGAAUACCUGCUAAACCAGUUUGGUACACGUUCGAUGUCAAGCUUUCAAUACGAUGAGCAGGUCAAAAUUUCAGUGCUAAGGAUGGGAUCUCGCUUUUGUCUGGUGCUGCCGUGGCUCUUCGCCGCCAUUAACUCGCUCCACGCAGAGAAAAUUAAUGUUAUGUCAAAUGGGUCACUCGUGUCCGACGACUUCAAGUUGCUGCAGCAGAAACUGCAGACUUUGGCAACGCAGGCGAAACUCUCGGACGGGCUUAUCAAACAGCUUCUUGAAAAAAUGGACAAAGUGGCAGACGCGUUGAAGGCCCUGAAGCAAGAGCCGACGGCGGCGAUCAACAUGACUAAUGACAACACCGAUCUUGAUUGCGAUUCCAAAGUUUCGCAAAAGGAAGUGAGGAUUCAGCAGUUGGAGAAGCAGGUGUCCACUUUGGCAAACCAGAGCAAGGAUUUGAUGUUGAAAUAUGGCCACGGGGUAGUCGAAGAAAACGAGUCACUGGAAGGGACAAGUGGAAACGCACGUGAUGUUGCCCAGGAGCAGCUCAUAGCACGCCAAGAAAGGUUUUGGGAUUUCAAAAUAUCGGUCAACUGCACACUCGCAGGUUGGCAUUCAUCAAAAUUGAUGCGAUUGUCCAAUGGAAAGAAAUACUUCUUUUCCAAUCAAAUAUUAGAUAGAAACUGGACUUCUGCAAAUGAACAUUGCAAGGGAAUGGGCCUCCACCUGGCCACAAUCAGGGACAAAGCGGACCUAGACGCGAUCUCAGCAGAAGCAGUGAAAAGGAGCAAUAACUCUAAUUGGUGGUUGUCGGGCAAGAGUUACAGAGAUGAUAUCAAAAAAGGCUACUAUAUCUGGCACGACGGCUCAGAGUUUGAGCCAAACAGCACUUGGUUUAUAGAAAAUGAUGACAAAUAUUAUGAUUGCGUCAUGGUCGACCCUAUGUUUGUUAGCCUUCUGCCCUUCUUGUGCAGUGGGGAUAUGUAUUUUAUUUGUGAAUUUCCAAGCGAAUGUUUGUAAGCAGCAAUUUUUAGCUUUGGCAUAAUUGCCAUCGCAUUUUUUCCGGGUUUUUGUCACCGAUUUUCGCCUUAUUGCUUUUUAUAAAUCCAGUUUAUUGAGAGAGUUAUCAACAGUUGUACAUGAUUAUAGAUUAUAAGUUGCUAUAACAUGAAACAUUUAUUUACACUGUUCUAAUAAUUGUGACAUAUUUUUCCACUGUAAUUUUAACUUAAUUAAUUUCUUAAUUACAAUGCAAAUAAAUUAUAUUUAUCUCCCUGGCUAUUUUUUUUUACUUCUGUCAAGAGAUCUCACAGCAAAACAAUAUAUUUAGGUGGACCGUAUAGUUUUUCAUUUAUAAUUUUUGAAUAUUUGGAUGAUGUAUCUCGAGAGGCAGAGAUUGCCUUGUGGUACUCC